AUGGCAGCGCAUAACGGCAUCGGCAGGUGUAGAAGCAACUCGAAUCGACCAGACUGGCCACCAGCACUGGCAGCGGCAGCAUCUGCGCCAAUGCCGACAACAGCACUUCUACCAGAGACGCCAACACCAACGCCAGCGCCUAGCGAUGGCGUCCAGGUGGUGACGACCACUGACACAAUACCCGCCACGACAGGGACGGCAGCAUCAGUAGCACCACCACCGCUGCCGCCACUGCCAGAGGACCCCCAACAAAUGCCGUUACAAAUGCAACACCAACCAUCGCUCCACCAAGGUCAACCACUUGCGCUUGACAUGAAUCUUGCCACGGCCAACCCUUCGACACAGCACAGACAUUUCUCUCAGCAGCAGACGCAGCAACCAUCGCAGCAGCCAUCUCAGCAGCCAUCUCAGCAGCCAUCGCAACAGCUAUCGCAACAGCCAUCGCAGCAGCCAUCGCGACAGCCAUCGCGACAGCCAUCGCGACAGCCAUACCAGCAGACAUCUCAAACGCUAUCCCGGCAGCCGUUUCACCCGCAACCUCAACAGCCGUCGUCUCAGCAGCAGCAAUCACAACACCAACAACACCCGCAGCGUCUGCACCCGUCCCUGCCGUUCCAGCAGCAAUACACAACCUCGCUGCCACAGCACCAGCAACAACAGCAGCCGCCGCCGCCGCCGCAGCAGCAGCAGCACCUCCCAGCGCCGCAGUCCGUCAUGAACGGCGUCAACGGCGCCAACAUGGCGGCCGCCAUGUCCACGCCUGCACCGACCCCCGCUGGCCAUCAGGCCGAGCUCAAUUACAUCUAUGGCAUGGUGGAAGAGCUCAGCCGCCAGCUUGCCGACAACAGACGUGUCACCGAAGACAUAGUCACCGGCCUCGGCUGCGUCCGCAGCAAAGCACGCUCCCACGGCCUGCGCAACGAGGAGCUCCUCGGUUCCGCCGCCGAUGAGUUCGAAGCCGAUGAGAGAAACCUCGACGCGCUCAUCUCCGUCCUCACCGAGUCCCUCGAGAAAGCCAACCAUUCGCGCGACGCCAACGCGAGCCUCCUCGCCCAGUACGCCAACGCUCUCGCACUCAUGCUCAAGCAGUUCCACGAGUACAAGGCCAAGCAUGUCGCCGACGUCGCCUCCUGGCACCGCUCCUACCGCGUUCAGCUCGACGAGGCCCGCAAGGAGAACAGCCGGCUGCGGGAGCAGAUCUGGGAAAUGCAGUCCCACGCCCGCGCCGCCAACGACAACCUGCGCGCCUUCCGACGCUCCUAUGCCGAGAACGAGGACCACUGGGCUGGUCGCCGAGACGACGUCGCCGCCCGCCAGGAGAUUCGCUUCUGGAAGCGCAUGGCCAUGCCCGAGCGGGACGAUGACGACCCCUACUGGAGUGCCGACGACGAUCUCGUCGACGCCGCCGAGAAGGACCGACAGAAUCAGCUGGAGCAGCACGCCGCCGCCGAGCAGAUGCUGGACGAGGAAGACGAGGAAGACGAGGAAGACGACGACGGCGACGACGGCGAAGAUGGAGACGGCGAAGAUGAGGAGGACAACGGCCUCGACGAAGACGGCCGCCUCCAUCGCCGUCAGCCACCGCCCAUAGCCCACCUGCCCAUCCUCGGCGGCCCGGCAGCCCGGAGGGAGAGGGAGGAACCCGUCACCUCUCUGCCGCCUCCGCGGCCCUCCAGCGCUGCCUCGAGCACGGCCUCGAGCACGGGCUCGACCGGCGCCUUGGGUUGA